AUGGCUGGAAACCAAACAAACGGAGGUGCUAACAACGGGUCCAUCAGCAUCGGAAUGAUGAACGUACCGUUAUCUGGAGCUAGAACACCGCCUGUGGACGUUGUUAAUGGCGGAGUAGGGAGGAGCAACAUCAGACCUCUCAAUCUGUUCCCUGAAACAGGUGGUCCUCAAGUCGGGGAAACAUCCACACCACCAGCAACCAUGCACUUUCUACCUAUCACUCCGGCGGUGGUAUCUGAGGGAAUCAUCCAGCUCACCACUGAUCAAUAUACUGCCUUCCCUACUCCUGCUGGAGUAGGUUCUGUGCGAGGAAUCCAGUCAGACUCACGAGAAUGCUACAACGCAGCAGUCAAGCUUGCGGAGAAAAGGUCAGUAAAUGUUCUCUACCUAUUGGAGGCACCACCUCCUCACCAGGAGGUUCUCAGAAUCGAAGAGGUACCGCACGUGGACGAACCAGAUUUGGAUCCAAGAAUCCUUGAUCAUGCCGCCGCAGCUCAAGCCGCGGAAGACACCAUUGAGGAUCAUGUUGUCCAUUUACAGGCAAUGUUCGAUAUAUUGCGUCGAUAUAAGAUGUGGCUAAACCCUCUGAAGUGCGUCUUUGGAGUUGGUUCCGGGAAAUUCCUUGGAUUCAUGGUAAACCAGCAAGGAAUAGAAGCCAACCCUGGGAAGAUCAGGGCGUUGGUGGAAAUGCCAUCACCAACUAAGCCAAAAGAGAUUUUAAAAGGAAAUAAGAAGUUCCAAUGGACUGAAAAAUGCGAGGAGGCCUUUAAAGCCUUAAAAACGCAUUUGGGGCAACCUCCAAUCUUAUCAAAGCCCAUGACCGGCGAAGUCCUAUCCAUCUAUUUAGCAGUGUCAGAAUACGCGAUUAGUUCGGUACUAAUACGCGAAGAUCAAGGACGACAAUACCCGGUGUAUUAUGUCAGUAAACGAUUACUGGGUGCUGAGACCCGCUAUCCCCAAAUGGAAAAACUGGCGUUCGCCUUGGUAAUAUCGUCGAGAAAAUUGUGA